AUGCUAGAGCUGACAGACGACACCUUCAAACGCAAAGUCUCCUCCGUGACCGGUCUAGCCCUGCAACCCAACACAGAACACUGCCAGGACCUCUCCAAACUAGGCGCAAAGAUCAUCCCUCAUGAACCCGGCCGUGGAUUCAAACAAGCCGUUCAGACACUCAAGGAUGCCCAGAUUGAUGCCAUCUGUCUCAUUCCUCCAGCUCAUAGGGAUAAGUUGGAGAUUACUCUGGAAUUGAUCGAGGUUGCGAAACAGGCAGGUGUACCGAAUGUUUGUUUGUUGUCGUCUGCUGGAUGUGAUCUUGCGGAGAGGGAUAGACAGCCUCGUUUGAGGGAGUUUGUGGAUAUUGAGGCGCAGAUGAUGGCCACUAAAGGGGAUGCGUCGACGUCGACGGGACAUUCGCCUGUUAUCAUUCGUGCCGGAUUCUCUGCGGAAAAUCUCCUGUUGUAUUCCAAACAGGCCCAAGAAGAAGGCAUAUUACCCCUUCUCAUUGGAAAGGAUCACAAAUUUGGCCCGGUUGCUCUUGGAGUAUUCGCUCCCCAUGUCAUGACUGGCAAAGGAAAGCAUGGCUUUGCCGAUAAGCAUCGUGGACAACUCAUGGUCGUAACUGGGCCAAUGCUCGCUACCGGCGACGAACUCGCAACAGCAGCUAGUAAAGCACUAGACACAAACCUCAAAUUCGAGGACAUCUCACUCUUCCAAGCCAAAAAAAUCCUCAAAGCCGAAUCAACCAGCGACGAAGCCGAACUCGAAUACCUCCUGGAAUACUACUCUCUUGUUCGCGAAGGGAAAACGAACUACAUUUCCACCACCGCGUUCCACGAUGUUACCGGUAUUCAUCCACAAGAACCGCCCGAGUUUUUCAACGUGUAUGCUGAGAGUUUUCAUCCGAAGCAUGCUAGUAAGAAGAGGAAGGUUAAUGGGAAGUGA